AUGCGGCGCAUGUCCCCGUGCUCCACGGCGGCAGUUCUACGCCGCGCCGUCAUCCGCACAUCAUUCCGCCACGCGCGUCGUCCGCUCCGUCGCUCCGCCUGUCUACUGCCGCUGUCCCGCGCUCUUGUCGUGCGUUCGGCGUCACGCCCGCCUCUCUCCGCGCCCUUCGCAGCCCAGCGAGGCGCCUUGCCGCCCGUGGGGGCGCGCGUGGCGGCGUGCAGUGCAGCGCGGACGUGCCCGACUAUCUGCCCGCCUCCUGGUGCGCACUGCGCGUUCCCGCCGUGCAGCCGCCGCACCACCUCCGCGCUCUUUAUUAACCCCGCCUUGUGCCCGCAACAAAGCAGCGGUCCGCCCACGUGCGUCCGCCCAUGCGGGUCCGUGGAGCAACCCCACCCAUGGGGUCAGCACCCCGUUCUACCGCUCCUCCCCCAUCGCGCUCUUCCCUCUCGCUCUGCUUCGCUUCUCACGCGCAGCUGCCCCCAAGCUCCUUCCGUUCUCCGCCACCA